UUUUAAUAAUUCAUGUCAUAACCUGAGUGUUUGUUUAUUUAGAGAAUAGUGCAAUUAAUAUAAUAAGACACAAUGAAGCAGCAUUUACGCUGUUUAUCAAAAUCUCUUCUAUAUAAUAAAAACUUGACGUCUCCUUUGUCUAUAAGAUUAUUAAGUACACAAGAAGCAGUUGAACGCCGUCACCACCUAUUUGAACUAGAAAAGAAAAGACAGGUAGAAAAUGUUGGGCGAAUCGAGAAAAUUGAAGUAAACUACAAGGGUAUCCCUAAAGAUUGUACACUGGUCAUGAAUAAAGAUAUGUCUACGCCGUAUGACUGUGCUAGGCAUCUAAGUCAAUGGCAUGCAGAGAGCAGUGCUCUGGCUCUGCUCGAUGGUAUGGUGUAUUGGGACAUGCAUAAACCUCUUACAGAGAGUUGUACAUUGGAAUUACAAAACUUCACAGUAGCGGAGCCACAGCAAGUGAACAAGGCAUUCUGGAGGACAUGCUCCAUGGUGCUUGGCGUCUGUGCGAUGAAAGCUUUCAAAGAUAGCGUUCCUGUGAAAUUGCAUAGCUUUCCUGGUCCAGAUGUACGCAGCGGUUCAUUCAUAUAUGACAUUGACUUACCAACUCUACCUGACUGGAAACCAACUCAACAAGAGUUGCACACACUCAGUGCGGAGUUCGUAAUGUUAACUCGAGCUGGUCUGCCUGUCCAGAGGCUGGAUGUGAGCGAGCAGCUUGCGCUAGAAAUGUUUAAGGAUGAGCACAAGGCUGGACAAAUACCGAGCAUUGCAUCAGGCAAUGGUAAAGUUACAUUGUACAAAAUAGGAAAGUAUGUGGAUAUAUCGAAAGGACCAAUGAUUAGUAACACAGCGCAGAUCGGCAAAGUUGCUAUCACUUCUGUACAUAAAAUUGCUGGAUCACCAGACAGUGAUGUGAAGCAAUUAUACAGAUUUCAAGGUGUUGCUUUGCCUGUUGGAGUUGUUCUAAACCACUUUGCGUUUUCUAUUCUCACAGAGAGAGCUAAGAAAUUGAAUUCUGCUCGAUCGCCAAUAAACCCACUAGACACGCGGGAACCCCAGAGCGCAGCGGCUACAGCGUAAUUUAGUUUAAUUUUGUAGUUUUAGAUGUAAGGAAAUAAAUAUUGUUCAAAUUC